AUGGAGAACCACGACGGUGCGACUGGACGAGGUGCUGAGGAUGCAUACGACUAUUACAUGUCGAUCCAUGAUCAUGCGGUGCAAGCGAAGUUCCGUUCCUUGGACAAUCCAUCCAACAUAAACCAUCUCAUGGACUCGGUACGAAGCACCACGACGAAUAACUUCAUUCUAGACUUCAGCGACGACGCCGCAUGGGCCGCCUUCGACCUUUCGAAAUCUUCCAUCGCAGCUCUGUUCAACGCAGACCGACCCGACGUCCUCAAUACCCGCUGGCUCAAUAUUUGGUAUCCCUUUCAACACCGACCCCUCCUCGAACUCCUCGCAAGACGCUACGACUUCUCCCCUCGCCUGCUGGCCUUGAUGUCCUCAGACCCAAAGCUUCCGCGCAAGACUGCCUCGCGAGCAUCGCCGCGAAAACCAGACCAAAGCAAGUUCAAGAAAUUCUGGAGUCGCCGCUCCUCCUGGUCCGAAGACAACGAGGCACUCGCAGACAUCGAUGAAAUGUCCGAGCAAACCUCCAUCUCCAGCGUCGAUUCCGUCGUUCGCGGAAACUUGUACCGGAUUGCGGAGAAUCUCUGGCAUUAUGCUUCGAUCGACUUUGGGAGACAGUACGUCUGUAUUGGCUUCAACUCCCUCUACGGAACCAAACAACCCGCCAACGUCGAGGACGAUAGUACAGGCCAUCUGCCGAAUUGCAUGCGCGUGUGGACCUGGCUCGUCCUAUGCGAAGACAAUACCGUCAUCUCCAUCAAUGAGGAUCCGUUCCCUUUCGCAGCUGGUCACUUCACGACGUUCCAGCUCCGUGUGAUGUCUGAGAUUCGAAGGAAUUUGGUGAAUGUCUUUCGUUCGCUAUCGACGGUCCACGAGGAGCCUUUACUAGCUCACAACCCGCUGAUGCUCCUUCCAAUCCGUGUACGUCUUGGAGAGACGCCUGAGGAGACGGCGCAUCGAGACUCGGACGCUCCUGGUUUGCUUUUCUACUAUCUCUUCGAGAAUUGGCACAACAGCUACACCCUCGUCACCCGCAAAGAAUCCCGCUACCCCCUCGAACUCGCCACGCUGCGCACGCAAAUGUUCUCCCUCCCGCGCCUAACCCACAUCGACCGCCUCGACACCAUCGGGCUCGAACUCGGAAUCCUGCGCCGGCACUACGAAUCCUACACGCGUCUCAUCGACCGCCUCCUCGAACCGCAGACCGCCUCGGCCGCCUCGUUGCAGAACUCCCAGGUCGUGAGCGCCGCGAGCCAGGUCAGUUUGAGCGGGAGCGGGAGUGUGGGCCGGCCGGUGGUGGUGGAGAGGGAGAGUUUGAUGGGCGUUAGUCUCGGCGGUGCGGCGAGGGUGCGGUUUAAGCGGCUGAGGGAUUUGAUUGAGCUGUAUGCGUUGAGGGAGGUGGAGGAGUAUGUCAAGCAGAAGGAGGCGUUGGUCGCUAUGAAUUUCAACCUCAUCGCCAUCAAACAAUCCCUCGACGUCGGGCGCCUCACGCGCAUCACCCUCCUGCUCACCAAAGCCACCAUGCUCUUCCUCCCCGUCUCCCUCAUGAUGAGCUACUUCAGCACGCAGCUCUCCGGCGUCUCGUACUCGGUGCAGACGUUUUGGAUUUCGUUCGCGGUGGUGUUUUUUCUGAGCUGGUUGGCGUUGUUUUUGUUUGGGUUGUUUAAUGAUAAUGUGCAGACGACGGAGGUGUUGAGGGGCGUUUGGAGGGGUGGGAAGGUGGUGCGUCAUUCUUCUCCACGUUGA